CUGGUGCUACUGCGCAAUCAUUAAGUGUGGCGUUACAUAGUCGUGGAAACUUUAGAGAUGCUUGUUUAUUCCUAUUAAAAACAGUCUAUUUUACUCAGAAAAUAUCUGCUACGGCAGACUAGACACUUGAGAUUUAUACUUUCAAAACGGUUUCUAAAAUGAAUGGAUUUGCAAGACAAGGUGUCAUUCGUGAUGACAACGGUAAUUUGAUAAUCCCCCCAACCCAACGACCCGAUGGUACAUGGAGAAAAGCCGUUCGUGUUAAAGAGGGCUACAUUCCUCAGGAAGAAAUUCCACUUUACCGAUCUGCUGGUGUACAAAUCCUUGAGAAGAAAUCACAGUUCGUCAUCCCAGGUUUGACAAAAUACGAUGCGGAAAAGCUAAAGCUAGAACGACAAAAACAGUCACAAUCUGAUACGCCAGCAUUAAACCCAGUCCUUAAAAAGAAAAAAUCUAAGAAAUCAAAAUGCAAACAAACUGAUGUCCAAUCUCCAGGAACAUCAGAACAAACAGAACUGGAUUCAACAAAACUUACAAAAUGCAGUACUACUUCACCAAAUUACUCUGAUAAAGUGAACAUUGAAAUUCCAACUGAUGCAACCGUGACUAACACUGAAAAUAUUGAUCGACAGCUUAAACGUGAACAUAAACGAUUACUCCAAAUAGAAGAGAUAGAGAAAAAGAAACAAGCUGGAGAGAAUUUAAACAAAGAUCAAUUGAUAAAGUUAGGCCACAAACAAGCUGUUGAACAGCUCAUUGAACAGCUGACGUUACUUAAAACUAAAUGACGUUGUCCUGACAUUUUUUUCGACAGCAGAAUCGAUUUCGUUUUUUUACUUUUUCUGUCCCAUCCCACUUUGUUCCAAGUGUUUUUAAAUCGAAUAUAACAGAACCAAACUAGACAAGAUUAAGAAUAUACUGAUGAAUUUAUCAAAUAAUUGAUCCACUACCAAUAAACAUAUGUUAUUAGUUACCAAUACUGAGUUCAACAAACUAAUGUGAUGCAAGGGCAUUUGUGCAUGUUCAAUGUAGAUAUAUAUUUUUUUCAUUAGCGUUUUAUAAACUUUAAUUUUUAUAUGGAAAACCAUGGUACUUUUAAUAUUUUUUACAUGUUUGUAUAAUCAAUGUAAUAUAUAAAUUAUAAUCACACUUAUUUUGUUGUAUAAAAAGUACUGUUGCUGGUUGAAACAAAAUUUGAUAAAUGUACCCCUAUUUAACUCCAAGCUUAAUGAUGAUUAUAAAAACAAUCUCAAUAACGAAUCAUGUAACAGGAUGCAGUUAUUUUGUGCAAUACUAAUUGUAUUUAUGAUAACAAAAUAACUUCAAAUUAAUAGUUAAUAUGUAGUUUGCAAACAGUAGUUUGAAAUAUUUUAAUACUAUUCUUAUCAUGGAUUAUUCAUAUUGUGAUAUGCGAAUUUUGUUAUAAAUAAAAUUAUUGUAAGCAUAGUGAA